AUGGACACUCCAUCGCAGCCGCCGCCGAAGCCCUCUAAAGCAACGUCAGGCUUCGGCCUGGGUCGCCGCAUCAGGGAGCUCCAUGUCGACAUCACGGGCAUCUUGUACGGGCCAAGCCUCACGCCAAGCUUCCUCGUCAGCGACAUAGUCGGCUUCUUUCUUUACGCCGUGCUCGCGACCGACUGGUCGACGAUCUGCCACGAGAAACUCUACGCCUCCGUCCCGUUCCUGCGGAAGAUCUCGGAGAACCUGCACAGCUUCUGGAACGCCUUUCGACACGAGCGGUGGCACCAGGAGGACCACGCGAGGGAGAAGAUGGACAAGUGGUGCCCUCACCUGUACAAGUCGCCGCCCGCGCGGCUGCGGUCCUACCGCGAGAUCCUCAACCGGCAGCAGGCGCUGAAGAACUGCUGCGGCGCCCAGUCGCGCAGUCUGGAGACGCGGGACGUGGCGAGGAAUAUGAUGUUGCAGGCCGCCCUGGCAUUCUGCUGGAUGUGGGCGCUGUUCAAGGACCAUCUCACGCUUGUGUGGCUGCUGGCGGCGAUCGAGAACAAGUGCGAGGGAUACAGAGACAGGAUCGAGGCGUCCAUACCGCCUGUAUUCCGCAAGGGGGAGGGCACUAUGCCUAUGGCCCGAAGCGAUCAAACUCAUUGUUGCUUGCGAAGAGUCCAACGACAAAUCAGCCGCGGCCACGACCUGGUCAGUAAGUUUGUGGAGCUGGAGAUGUGCGACGUUGGGAAAGAAGCCGUCUGGGACGAGACGGAAUGGUUGUCGGAGAAGGAUGGUGAGAUUCCGGCAGAUAUGGUCGACGAAGACCGGUUUCUUGUUAAUCGCGUCGCCUUCUCGGCGGGCCUGUCAUGGCUCAUGGUGUCCAUUAGUUGCGACUUUGCGACCUUUUACCUCCUUAUCCUGAUGCUGCGUGCCAAGAGUCGUCUCACGAAGUGGCUCUGA